AUGACGUUUCAUUGGGCCAACAUACCUUUUUAAUGGACAUCUUACUCACUUAGAUAUCAUAAUGACAUGUUAUGGUACGCACUAAUCUUCAAUUAUUUUUAGGUACAUUUGGAGUCUAAUAUAAAUGUUUCCCAUAUUUCUUAUAGCAUUCUAUCAAUUAUACAAACAUUUAAAAAUCCCUAAUUACUACUAUUAAAUCAACAAACAUUCAUUUGAUUAAAGGAUAGUCCAAUUUUUUGUAUUUCUUAAUUUUACAUUUAGGCAAUCCCAAUCCCAAUUUAUUAUUUUAUAGAUCUUACCAUUUCUAUUAUUGAAGGUUCAUUUUUUGAACCAUGUAGAUUUUGUUUAUGGUAUCACCAUAUGGUACAAAAAUAUUAAAUAACAAUUAGAUUUCUAUGAUUGUUGUAACUACUAUCAUAAUAAGAAAAGAAUAUGAAUGGUAGGAUACUAUGAUUAUGGCAACUCACACGCUUUUAAUGAAAUAUCCAUUCAUUUUUGUGUUAAAUAUAAUAUAUGUUGCAUUGGUGUUUUAUUAUAAUAUAUUAUUGUAUUUAAGGUAACGUAUUACGAAUAUUAUAGUCCAUUAAAAGAAAAGUGGAUCAAUAGGUUCUUGGGUAAAUUCUUUCCAUUUAUUUACUAUAGUUUUAUUAUAGCUUUGAUCUAUGAUUGUACUAAUGCAUUACCAUUUUUGUAUUGA